UGCCACUGUUUUGAAUGUGAAUCCCUGUUCUACAACUUUCUUUUUCCCUGCGUGAAACACAAGCUCCUGCGGUGCCGUUGAUCGAUGUCGAUCUGGGAGACAAACCCCCUUGUCUAUGCGUAGGAUAAGACACUGAGUGUAUUUCUGGUCUAUGUGCGGAUCUCUUUACUCAUGGAUUGCCUUGAUGGAUCUCCUGGAGAGUUCAGAAACUUCCAGAAGGACGACUUUGAGGCUGACUGGACUAAGCUGGCAGAAUGCAGGUUUGGUCAGGUGUACCAGGUCAAGCUCAAAGUCUGGCGGGUGACCUGUGCCCUGAAAAGUUUUGACACAGCAUUUUACAGGAGAAUAGCAGACGAGGCACCCAGGAUAGCCAAAGUGAAAUUCAAGUACAUUGUGUCCACAUACGGACUGUGCAGUGAAGCAACUGCCUUGGUGAUGGAGUACAUGAGCAAUGAAUCGCUGAACAAUCUCUUAGCCACUCACACAUUGAUGUGGCCUAAGAAGUUCCAGAUGAUUCAUGAGGCCUCCAUGGGCAUGAAUUUUCUCCACAGCAUGAAACCUCCACUACUCCAUCUUAACCUCAAGACGUCCAACAUCCUAUUAGACGAUCAUCUCCAUGUCAAGAUUUCAGAUUUUGGUUUAAUCCACUGGCAAGAGGGCAUGAGCAAGCAAUCAUUCAUGGAGAAUCUGACAGCGAGAGGGAACAUAAGUUACAUUCCUCCAGAGACCUUCACUCAAUGCCCUGAUCCACCAGGAACUACCUUUGAUGUUUACAGCUUUGGCAUUGUGAUUUGGGAGAUUCUAACACAACAGAAACCGCACGCAGGGUGCAGCGUGACCACAGUGCUCUUACAGGUGUCACAGGGUAAGAGACCUUGUGUAGAUAUGAUUCCCGAACAAAAACCCUGUGAGUGCCAUCAGAUGAUCAGCAUCAUGAAGCAGUGCUGGGACCAGGACCACAGGCAGAGGCCACAGUUCUCAGACACUGUGAGGAAAACAGAGGCUUUGAGCGAAGUCCUGAAGAUCCCGGGAUCAACCCAGUCUUUCAAAAAUGGUGACGAGGGACAGAAAUCAAAUUAUCCUUGGCUAGUUUCCCCAAUAAACAAGAUUGCUUUGCCUGAGAUGCCUGACCUUCCCUCAGCUGACCAACGUGACAAGGACAACAUCCUCUCUCUCCUCUCCAAAAAGGACUUUGGUAGUUUUAGACUGUCUGUGAAAAGAGAGCACAUAUGCACACAGUUUCCUGAUAAAAGGACCCUCCUCCACUAUACGGUAGCCAGCACGGAUGCAAAGAGUGUUGAGCAUGUCCUGAAUCUGGGCGCUGAAGUCAACUGUAUGACUUCCAAGGGUUACACUCCUCUUAUUGUUGCUGUUCUGCACAGGCUUCAUGACAUCAUCUCUUUGCUGCUGGAGCAUGGAGCAGCUGUUAACCAGGGAGAUGAGGACCAGUGGACAGCACUCCACUUUGCUGCUCAGAACGGCGAUGACAGGACAGUUCGUCUCCUGUUGGACAAAGGAGCUGCGCCGGAUGCCCGGGAAAAAGCUGGUUGGAUGCCCCUCCACCUGGCCUGCCAGAAUGGCCAUGAAACAGUGGUGCGCCUGCUGCUUUCACGGCUGUCAGAGGAAACAGUCAGACAACCGGAGGCACAAGGGAGGACGGCACUCCACCUAGCCUCCGCCUACGGGCAUCUGAAUAUUGCCAAGCUCCUCCUGUCUCAGGGAGCAGAUCCCAACGCUACCGACCACUCUCUCUUCACUGCUCUUCACUUAUCAGCUGAGGAAGGCCAUAACAGAAUAGUCAGGCAGUUGCUGAAGAGUGGGGUGAACACUGACAGUGCAGACAGCAGAGGAUACACGCCACUUCACCUGGCUGCUCUGAGGGGUCAUGCAGGAAUAUGCAGGCGGCUCUUGUCAAAUGGGGCCAGUCCAGACUCCAGGACCCUUCAAGGCUGGACUCCAAUGCACCUGGCUGCCCUACAGGGGAAUGAAGCUGCAGUGAUCCAGCUGGAGAGUCAGGGUGGUUGUGUGAACGCUCAAGGUGAGAAUGGGUGGACCCCCCUCCACCUUGCCUGCCAUCAGAGUGAACCACAAGUGGUGGAAAAGCUCCUGGCAGCCAAAGCCAACCCAAACGUAACGGAAAACACUGAAGGAUGGACGCCAUUACAUGUUGCCUGUACAAGUGUCAGUUUCCCUUGUGUCCUCCACUUAAUAUCACAUCACGCAGAUGUCAAUGCAGUUAGCUCGGGAAAGGCCACACCUUUACAUCUGGCUGCCCAGCAUGGCUGUGAACCUAUUGUUAAGGCUCUGCUGCUGAAUGGAGCAGACAGGACCCUGCUGGACUCUUCUGGAUCCACAGCUUUGAAUGUGGCCCAGAAGUGUGAAAAACUGGAAAUCGUGCAGCUACUGGAGAAGUAGUUGCAAUGUGAAUGGAAGAAUUAUAAUACAAUGAAAACAUCAAAGACACAGCUGGAAUAUUCUCCUCCUUGAGUGUAAGGGUUUUUAUUGUGUGCAUUAUAGGAAGAUUUUGAAAAGAUAUUUUAGAUAAGAUGGAUAAUUCUAUUUUUAUUAUUUUCAUUAUUUAAUUAUAAACAAAUGGAAAGCACAAUGAUUAUUACUGCUCCUUUUAGUUUUUUGCUUUUUGUCAUGUAAUUUCACCAAACUCCUAACAAUUUGAUUUGGAUGUUCUUAAGUCAAUAUAUACAAAUCAUUUUUUUAUAUUUAAGUAAAAGUAAAGUAAUCUUUUUUUUUUUCAAAAAACAAACAAACGCUUUCUCUGAUUCUACCAGUAAUUAUUUACCGUAAGUGCCCCAUAAGUUUUCUGCUGUUUUCCAGUUUUCAGGAUUUAUAUGAAAUUGAAGUCUGUAAAAUCUAGCAGAACUAUGGUGGAAAAUAGAGCCAUGAAAUUGGGUCAAAACCAGGUGAAGUGCCCUAUAAGGACAGAACACAUAUUGAUUCUACUCUUUGAAUCACCUUGAUUGCUUUCUUUGUGCGCUUUCCUUGUGAACGGAACUAAUGCUGCUGCCACAUGUGGAUGAAGAUGAAAAUACAAAAGAGCUGUCGUUAUAAUGACUUAUAGACACUUUCAUUUGAUUAAACCUGUCAGACUUUAUGAAAGUAUUAUGCGCCUAAUAAUUUAGGGAAAAGAUGGAUGGCAACAAAACCAUUGGAUUCCUGUCACUGUCAUCAUUCAGAUGCACCUAUUGAACGCCUCCAACUAUGAGUACAUACAUGCUUUAUGUGCUGUAUGACAAAGCAAGCUAAAGCUGAAUAUCGGUCAUUUCCUCCAGAGCGAGGGAAACACUGCUCAGCUUAUGCCACACUCAUUUGCCACAGUGACACCUUAUUAAAUUAAAAUUAAAUGCAUGGAUUCAAUAGCUGUAGCGACCUGCACGUUUUCUGGGUUUUCUCUGUAACCACAAGAGACUGACCGAAUCAAAUUACAGUAAAUGAACAGAAUAGAGCUGGACUAUUAUAUAUAUAUAUAUAUAUAUAUAUAUAUAUAUAUAUAUAUUGGUUGCUAAAUGAAUGUCUGCUGUGUCAUUUUUUAAAAUGGUAAUUGUAUUCCAAAACCUCUAUUUUUUUCUCCAUGAAGGUGGACACUGUGUAUAUUAGAUGAUGACUGCUAGCUUGCUGGUGUCGUCUCCCAGUGUUUGCCAUUUUUGAAUGUUUGUAUGACUGAACCAUCCACCUGUCCUCUUCUAAUCCCAGGGGGAUUAGAAGAAUUGGAAAAGGCCUACUGUGUGUGUUAGAGGUUUAAGGCUCAUUAAAAUCGCCUGUAGCACAGUCACCACAUUGUGUCAAACCAAUCCACUGCCUAUAAAAAAAAAAAAGCUCAAAUGUGUACAAGUACAGAAAUAUGCCCACGGCUCAUCUCAACAGAAACCUAAGCAAAAUUUCAUUGUAAAAGUCAUACAGCAAUAGCAUGAGAACGUUGUUGGUCUCCUGUGAUAUUUCUGUUAAAUUUAUGUUUGACUCCUUUUUAGACAGCUAUCAGGAAAUUGCAAUCACUUGGUCUGCCUUAGAUUUAGAUAAGCACAAUCCUGAUUUAUAACGUCAUGUGGCUUAUGCCAGGAGCCUGACAAAGUGAAGUAUCUACUGACCCUGGUCUCAGUGUAAUUUAUCCACUAGAGUUUGAAAUGCAGCUAUCACAUUAUGAAAAGGCUCUCCGGAGAGGACCAUGUAUUUCAGAUUAGGUAGGAUGAUUUAUAGUUGAAAAUGUUCUUUUUACUGCACUAGCCCUCGUUUGAAAUUUAUGAGGCCUUCAAUGACUUAGAAAUUGGAAACAAACCACACAAGCAUGCAUUUUUCCUACAGUAAACAGUGUGAUGAUGGUUGAACAGAUGGGAAUGAGAAACAUCUGUGGAAUCCACAGUGCUGUGUCGUUGUCUAACCUGUGUAACAGCGUCUUUGUUCUUCUAACGUUCACAUAAAACAAACCCUUUUGUUUACCUAUACCGUUGUUACAGUUCCUGAAAAAUUCAACUCACUUUUCCAAGAACAUCUAAUCAGGGCUACCUAAAUCAAUGGUGCUGCCCCGACCUUUUUACACAUACGGUGACACAUUGGAUACCCUCUAUCAGUGAGUAAUUUGGUUUGCAGGCACCUAAACUAAUUUUAUUUUCUAGUAGGGAAACAAGCAGGAAGAAGAUAAUGUCAUGCAAGUUGCUUGUACUACAAACAGGAAGAGCUGAAGGAAGAAAAAACAGGGCCGUAAUGUUGUGUUUCUUUCACUUUGUUAUUUUUUAAUUGAUUUUGACAACUUAUCUAACAUACACAUCAUUCAUACAAAAUAAAGCAAUUAAUGAAAUACCUCAAAGAUACUUGUCCACCUAGUACUCUUGCUUACCUCUUGUGUAAUACAGUAAUAAUACCAGCUCAUAUAAUUGUUUUGAAUUAAACAGAAACUUCGCCUCCUUAUUGAUUUAA